AUGCCCCAAAGCAUCCGCUCAAUACUGGGCAAGCCACGCGUCACAAAGCCCAAACCCCGCUCCUCAUCCUCACAAACGGCCCAGUCCUCCCCCGUGCGCAGGAAGAGGCCACCUCCAGAACCCCAAGACGAUGCCCUCUUCCCCCUCAAGUUUGGCGAUCUUGGCGCCGCACCGAUCCUCAGCUCCCAGGAGGAACUUAUUCUCCGUGACGUGCCCCAGGCGAUGCGGUACAUCCGCUCACGCAUGUUCUCGGCUGUUCCUGGAUCCGGAUUCACGUCCACCCGUCUCGCCGAGGUGCUCAGCUACCGGGCGUCCAUGCCCCCCCUCGUGACGGCCGGCCACGUCAACGCCGUGCUGACCAGCUCGCCGGGGAAGAUCGAGCGACAGGUCGCGGAGCUGGUGGGCAAGGGGGUCCUACGAAGAGUACGGGUCGAGAGGAGGGGCGGCGUGGGGGAGGCGCUCAUCGAGGUGGGCGAGCUGGAGGAGAUGCUGCGCAGGGCGGCGGCGCAGGGCGAGAUAUCAGACGCCGCGGGGGCCAAGUUUCGGCAAGUCCUGCAGGGCGACGCCGCCGCGCAGAGGGUCGAGCGAGGGGGCGAAGGCGACGAUGGCUUGACGGCCCGCCAGGCGGAUGAGCUGGUGAGGGCGGGCUUCCUGACGAGCUCGACUGCCGCGCCGGGGAGCACGCUGCAUGUCCGGCCAGAGGACCGCACGACCCUGACGUCCAUCCAGCACGUAGCUAGGUUUGCGUCGGGCACGGUUUCAGCAGUCGGGGGGCCAAACGCCAUCCAUCUCGCUGGGGGAGGAGGCGGCGCGCCUGCCUUGACGAGACGGGGCGGUGGCCUGGCUGCCCUUCGGAUCGCGGUACCAGGGCAUGGGAGAUUUCUCAAGCUGGCCGACGCAGCCGUUGACUGGGUGCGCGAGGCGCUGGGCAAGACGAAAUGGGGCGAGGGCCCCGAAUCGUGGCUCAAGGAGAGGUUUGAGGGCAACGGACUGUACGGGACGAGGUGGAAGGAGUUUUGGGGCGUUGAGUGGGAGUGGGUGUUGGGUCAGGCGGUGGGAUUGGGUGUCGUUGAGGUUUUUGAGACGGGCAGUGUAGGGAAAGGUGUGAGGGCAUUGGGCGGGUGA